UUUUAUCAUAGUUCCUCCUCAAUCCCGUCUCGAAGACUCAAAGCAGCCAGCGCCGACGCCGCAGCAACAAGGAGGAGAAGAAGAAAAGGAUCUCAGAGGGCGCGACAACAAUGGCGACAGGAAAAACUGUGAAGGAUGUCUCUCCACACGAGUUCGUCAAGGCUUACGCUGCCCAUCUCAAGCGCUCUGGCAAGAUUGAGCUGCCUCUGUGGACAGACAUCGUCAAGACUGGUAAACUUAAGGAGCUUGCUCCAUAUGACCCUGACUGGUACUACAUCAGAGCCGCUUCCAUGGCUAGGAAAGACUACCUGAGGGGUGGUCUUGGAGUUGGUGCCUUCCGUAGGAUCUAUGGAGGAAGCAAGAGGAAUGGAAGCCGUCCACCUCAUUUCUGCAAGAGCAGUGGUCGUAUUGCUCGUCACAUUCUUCAGCAACUCCAGACCAUGAACAUUGUCGACCUUGACACUAAGGGUGGGAGGAAGAUCACAUCAAGUGGUCAGAGGGAUCUUGAUCAAGUUGCGGGAAGGAUUGCAGCUGCUGUCUAAAUCAAAAUCACAGAUGAUCAACUCCAAGUUUAAGGUCUAUGUUUUGGAAUUUAGUUAUGUGGAACGAGUUGCAUUUGAAAACCAGUAGUAGAAUUCCCUCUCAUUUUUUUUUGUUUUGAUGAGUUUUGUUUCUUUUGCCCCUCUUUAUAUUCUGAGCGACUUAUGGCUAUAUAUUUGAUAUUUAUCUUUCACCUCGUUUCAUAUUGAUUUCAUGAAAUUACUUUUGUUUUUGUUUUGUA